AUGUCUUCGUCGGUCAGUAGCCAGAGGGUCUCUCCAAACUGUCGAUGUGGGAAGAAAGCGAAGCUGUGGACCUCGUGGACUGAAGCAAACCCGGGUAGGCGAUUCAACGGGUGUGAAGAUUGGGAGAUUGGAGGCUGUGAUUUUUUUGCUUGGGAAGAUCCUCCAAUACCUCGACGUACUGUAUAUGUGAUCCGGAACCUUCGUGAAGAGAAGGAGACUCUGAUAAAACAAGUAAAGAUUUUGGAGAAUCAGAGGCGCAAAUUGAAGAUGUACUUAAUGAUUUCUUGGUGCUUAAUUAUCUUGUUCAAGUGUUUAGGAUUUGUCUAA